AUGUCUCUAGCUGAAGAGGUCGAAGCACGAAAGCACGCUUGCAAGCACUUCGCGCUAAAAAGGCGGGUUUAUCCAACGGUUUACGUCAAAUUGACCGUUUUCCCGGCAAUAUCUAGUCAGGAAAAGGCGGCAAUCGACGUACUUUCCCAGCGAAACUUUGAUCCGGAGACGCGGACGCUCAAACGACCAGAUGUGCAAGCAAAUACUGAUACGGUCGAGAAGGCCGUCGAGGGACUCGCGAAAGACAUUCUAGAGGCGGACAAGCAGCGGCAGAAUGCAGAGCUGGACAUAAUGAACAUUGCCCCCAAACGAGCAAACUGGGACCUCAAACGAGAUCUUAACAAAAAGCUCGUUCCCCUGGAGAGAGCCACCCGAGAGGCUAUAUACACGCUUGUCCGUGCUAGACUCAAAGCAGAUUCUAAUGAUACAUCAAAAGACUUGGCAAAUGCUAUGGACGCUCGGGCGGCUGCAGAAGGGUCGUCGUCCGAAGAUGACGAAUAG